AUGGGACUGCCUUCUACCGAGCCCAUAGCCAUUGUCGGCAUUGGCUGCCGUUUCCCUGGAGGAGCGAGUUCCCCAAGCAAGUUAUGGGAUGUCCUCAAGGAUCCAAAGAACCUAGCCAAACCCAUCCCAGCCGAUAGAUUCAAUAUUGAUAGGUUCUAUCAUCCAGAUGGCAAGCAUCAUGGGACGACAAACGUCAAGGAGACCUACUUUCUGGACGAAGAUGUCCGGCAGUUCGAUUCGGGCUUUUUCGGGGCACCCACCGGAGAGGCUGCAUCAAUCGAUCCGCAGCACAGGCUGCUGCUGGAGACCGUCUAUGAAUCCCUAGAAACUGCAGGUCUCACUAUUUCAGGCUUGCAAGGCUCCGACACAGCUGUAUAUGUUGGCCUCAUGUGCAGCGACUACAUGGUUCUGCAUUCGCUCGACGUUGAUCGGGUCCCGACGUAUAACUCACCUGGUAUUGCGAACAGCAAUGCAUCGGCUCGUGUCUCCUAUUAUUUUGACUGGCAUGGACCCUGUAUGACUAUUGACACAGCCUGUUCGUCGAGUCUUGUGGCCGUCCACCAGGCGGUACAAGCAUUGCGAUCGGGCUCAUCACGCAUCGCAAUUGCUGCCGGGACAAACCUGUUGUUUUCACCACUUGGUUAUGUUUCUGAGAGUAACCUGAGCAUGUUAUCCCCGACCGGCAGAUCACGAAUGUGGGACGCCGACGCCGACGGAUACGCUCGCGGCGAAGGCGUCGCUGCGCUGGUUCUAAAGCCGCUAAGCGCCGCGUUGGCAGAUGGAGAUCAUGUUGAAUGUAUUAUUCGUGAGACCGGAGUCAACCAAGAUGGCAAGACAAAAGGUAUAACCAUGCCAAGUGCUGCAGCGCAGGCGGCGCUCAUACGUGAUACGUAUGCCCGCGCCGGCUUGGAUCUCAACUCGAAGAAACAUCGUUGUCAAUAUUUUGAAGCGCACGGAACUGGUACACCAGCAGGUGACCCUCAGGAAGCCGAAGCCUUGCACACUGCAUUCUUUGGAGAACAGUCUCAUGAUUCCGACGACAUUCUCAAAGUUGGGUCUGUCAAAACUGUGAUUGGUCACACAGAAGGCACUGCAGGUAUUGCAGGCGUGAUAAAGUCAUAUCUGGCAAUCAAACAUGGCCUGAUCCCGCCAAACUUGCUCUUCAACAAGCUAUCACCCACAGUUGAGCCCUUCUACAAACAUUUAGAAGUCGUCACAUCUCUUACCCCAUGGCCGAAGCUAGCGCCUGGCGUCCCUCGACGAGCAAGUGUGAAUAGCUUCGGCUUUGGUGGCACAAACGCCCACGCCAUCAUUGAGAGCUUUGGUACGAUAGGGCAGACACGGACGAGCCUCUUGGAGCCGUCAUUACCGACACCGAUUAGGUCCAUCCUACCGUUCACAUUCUCGGCGGCUUCAGAAAAGUCUUUAAAGCAACUACUAGACGCGUACCAACUCCAUCUGUCCGAUGUCAAGGACAUUGACUUGCGCAGAUUAGCCUAUUCACUAAGCAGCCGUCGCUCACAUUUUCCCUUCAAAAUCGCCAUUUCCGCUUCUACUCAAGAGGAGUUGCUGGACAGAAUCAACAAGGUUCUAGCUAGCCAGCCAACCUUCACUCGGUCCACCGUCAAAGAUGCUACUAUUCUAGGCAUUUUCACUGGGCAGGGCGCACAAUGGCCACGGAUGGGCCAACAGCUCUUGGAGACCAUACCGUCAGCCAAGGAAACUAUUGCAAAUUUGGACAAAGCCCUAGCCACCCUGCCAUCCAACGACAGGCCCAGUUGGACUAUCGCAGAACAAUUGAAUCAGGGUCAAGACAAGAGUCGACUCGACGAAGCCGAGAUUGCACAACCACUCGUGGCAGCGGUUCAAAUCCUCCUGGUGAACCUAUUCCGCAGUGCUGGUGUGAAAUUUCAAGCCAUUGUUGGUCAUAGUUCAGGCGAGAUCGCGGCUGCAUAUGCGUCCGGGCUCAUCAGCGACAAGGAUGCAAUCCGUAUAGCUUACUAUCGUGGGUUCCAUUCCAAGAAGGCCUGCGGUCCGACGGGACAACCAGGAGCUAUGCUCGCUGUUGGAACGUCACUUGAAGACGCACAGGAUCUCUGUAGCACUGAAGACUUUGCCGGCCGAGUUGUCGUGGCGGCUUGCAACUCUUCCACAAGCCUAACGCUAUCGGGCGACGAGGAUGCGAUUGACGAGGUCCAGUCGCUGCUGGAAGAGGAGAACAAAUUCGUGCGCCGACUGAGAGUCGACAAGGCGUAUCAUUCGCAUCACAUGAAGCCAGCUGCCGAGCCGUUUUUGACAAGUUUGGCGGCGUGCGACAUCACCGUCCUUCAGCCCCGUUCUGGGUCAGCGACAUGGUACUCAAGCGUUCACAAGAACACGCAGAAUGGUGUAACCACUGCACUCGAUGGUAGCUAUUGGGUUGAAAACCUGAAUAGCGCCGUAUUGUUCUCUGAUGCUCUGACAGCAGCCAUCACCAACGAUGGCCCUUUCGACGCCGUGCUCGAGAUUGGACCACACCCAGCGCUCAAAGGGCCGGCGUCUGAUGUGAUACAGGAUGUCCUCGGCAAGGUUCUCCCAUACACUGGAAGUCUCUCGAGAGGGAAGGAUGACAUUGAAGCUUGGGCAAGUGCUAUAAGUACACUCUGGGAGCAUGCCGGUACGUCCGCAGUCGACUUUGCAGCUCUUCAGCAUGACGUUUAUCCGGACGCUGCAGAGAUUCGACUGCUUCCAGGCAUCCCUCUAUAUCAAUGGACACACGACCGUGCGCUAUGGUCGGAACCCAAGUACUCGAGACUUCUUCGGGAACAGCCAGGAAAGUUUCAUGAUAUCUUGGGGACUCGCAUGCCCGACGGCACUGAAGAGGAAUGGCGCUGGAAGAAUGUUCUUACCACCAGGGAGAUACCUUGGUUAGUUGAUCAUGGACUCCAGGGGCAAACCGUCUUGCCGGCCACUGGCUAUAUUUCUCUGGCACUUGAAGCUGCCCUACAAAUUGCCGAGCAGAGGCCAGUCAAGUUACUUGAACUUACUGAUCUGACAAUCAAGAAGGCCAUCGCCAUUGACGACAGCCAGGGUUCGGAUAUAAUGGUUACCUUGACCAGAAUCGUGUACGAGAAAGACCUCAUUACCGCGCUCUUUGCUUGCUUCUCAACUAUUACUCGAGACUCGACACGACUCGCCCUCAAUGCUACGGGUUCCGUUCAUGUUCAUCUGGGCAAGCCCCUGCCUGACUUGCUCGCCCCACGUAGGGAAGCAGUUCCCGGUAUGGUGCCUGUCGACCCUGAACACUUUUUCAGUGAGCUCGACAAGAUUGGCUACAAUUACGGCCCUACAUUCCGCGGCAUCAAUGUCCUCAAACGAAAGCUUGGGUUCUCUAGUGGAACGAUCAAAGUCCCCCCGAACAAUCUUGGAACAAAUCUCUUGUUCCACCCAGGUAUGCUGGACGCUGCGCUACAGGGGAUGCUUUGUGGCUUUAGUUCUCCCGGAGACGGUCGCCUGUGGUCACUACACGCCCCCCUCUCAGUGCGCCGCGUUUCAUUGGUGCCGUCUCUUUGCGCAGACAAUAUGACUUCGGACGUUUACUUCGACUGUGCAGUUACAGAUACCAACUACGACAACCUGACUGGAGACGUCGAUGUCUUCCAGAGUGACACAGCUCACAAGUCAAUCUCGGUAGAAGGUGUUCGAUUCGGUCCAUUUUCCGCAGCCACGGCCGCAGACGACCGCCACCUGUUUGCUCAUAACAGGUGGGAUAUAGAAGAGCCCAACGGCGAGCUUGCCGCAGAGGGCCGUCGUGCCACGCCGCAAGAGAUCGAAAGAGCUUACGACUACGAGAGGGUAUCAUAUUACUACCUCCGAACGCUCCGUGAAUCAGUUUCUGUGGAAGAGCGGAAAGAUUUGCAGAUUCCGAUCCAUCAUGAGGCUCUCUUCGACUACGCCGACCACAUAUACGACCAAGUUCAACGUGGCGAGCACGCCUACGUUCAGAAGAGCUGGGACCAAGACAGCUUUGAGCUCAUCGAUGAGAUAUGCAAAAGGUACGGCCAUGAUGAUGCCGAUAUAGCUCUUACCAUAGCAGCCGGUGAAGCCAUGCCGGCAGUCAUUCGUGGUGAAACAACGAUCCUGGAGCACAUGACCAAAGACGACAAGCUCGAUAACUACUACAAGAAAGCCCUUGGGUUUGUUGAACUAAAUAGGUUGAUGGCAAACACGGUCAAGCAGAUUUCUCACCGCUUUGCUCGACUCAAUAUCUGUGAGAUAGGUGCUGGUACCGGCGGCGCAACCAAAGGCAUUGUCGAAAAACUUGACGCUGCAUUUGAUUCCUACACAUAUACCGACAUAUCUAGCGGGUUCUUCCCCAAAGCGAAGGAAAACUUUGGGGCACAAAAGGAUCGAUUCGUUUUCAAGACGCUUGAUAUAACGGUCGAUCCCAACGAGCAGGGGUUCAUACCUAACACGUAUGAUCUCAUCGUGGCAGCAAAUGUACUUCAUGCGACCCCAGACUUGGUACAUACCUUGAAGAACGUUCGCCGCCUUCUCAAACCUGGUGGCUACUUGGUGAUGAUGGAGUUCACCGACCUCAGCCCUAUGCGCAUGGGGCAGAUCAUUGGUGGCUUGCCAGGAUGGUGGAUCGGUCGCGAGAGCGGCCGUCGUUAUUCUCCCGCAGCCACACUUUCCGAGUGGAAUGACAUCCUUGGCAAAUCCGGUUUCGCGGUGCAGACUUCUACUCCUGUUUUGGACCCCGUGGUUAUGCCUGCUUGCAUCAUCACAGCUCGGGCCAUCGAUGAAGAAAUGACCCUUUUGCUUGAGCCUUUGAGUGCCCCUGUGUCGCAAGUUUCUUCUAGUUCGCCGGCCCUGGUGAUUAUUGGGGGAAACAGCAACGAAUCCAAAUCGGCAAUCGAGACUAUCAGAACAACCUUGACCUCAUAUUAUCCCAAAAUAUUAACCGUGGAAACGUGGGACAAGCUGGAUCCAACAAGUGUCCCUGCAAAUAGCAGUGUACUCAGUUUGAGCGACAUUGAUGCUCCUUUCUGGAAAGAUAUACCCGAGUCGCGGUUUGAUAAAUUCAAAACGACGUUACUGGCAGCCAGCAAAGUGCUAUGGGUAUCACAUGGAUCUGAUCGCAAAAACCCUGAUGGCGCAAUGACAUACGGGUUCUUCCGCUGCUUGGUAUACGAGUUGCCGGAAACACCUAUCCAAUUCCUUGACCUGGAGAGCCACGAACAGGUGAAACCUGCUAUUAUCGCAAAGAGGUUACUCUCCCUCGAAGUGUCACAGAAGUUGCGGGGUCUCGGUUCGCUAGACGCCAAGUUGUGGACUUUGGAGCCAGAAGUGAGGAUUCGCGCAGGGCAAUCCUUGAUACCUAGGCUCUAUCGCGAGCCUGAGCAGAAUGCGCGGUACAAUUCGGCCAAGCGUGAGAUCACCAGUGAAAUCGCAGUGCGCGAUAGCAUGCUCACUCUCAGGUGGAGCGGUACCAAAUAUGACCUAGUAACGGAACACCCUAUGGUCGAGCCACCAAGACCGGGACAAAGAAGGGUAAGAGUAAACACCUCACUACUAUCUUCAUUGGUAACCCCGAUUGGACGCAUGUUCUUGAGCCUAGGGACGGAUAUGGACACCAAAGAACAAGUGCUUUCAGUCGCCGCGAGAAAUAGCUCUACAAUCUUGGUGCCAGAAGACUGGACGAUACCAGUUCAGGUUGCGGUUGACAAUCAGUACCUGUCGUUCUUGGCCGGCUUCCUGAUGAGCGAGUAUAUUGCUUCGCUGAUAACCCCAGGCACAGCACUAGUAGCUUUUGAAGCAGAUCCAGGCUUGGCUUCCUUGCUUUCACGAAAGCUGUCGGCAAAGGGUUGUCCGGUUUUAUUCAUCAGUACCCAGGAGCACAUGAGGAUCCGACGUAACUGGGUUUAUAUGCACCCGAGAACUUUAGACAGGGACAUCUCGGCGGUCCUUCCGGGAGCGCGGGUUCUCUAUUUGGAUCUCUCGGGUGCCUCUCCGACAGAUGAGUCGCAUAGCCUUGGGCUUCGGAUUGCCAAACUGCUACCCGAUCUCUCAGAGGUGUAUGACGCUUCAUUGCUGCUUGCUCGCGAGUCCAGCAAGUCGACGGACAUGUCAAGCGAAAGGCUGGCUUCUUUACAGCAUAUGCUGGCAAAAGCCAAUGGGAUGGCUGCCGCUCAGCUGAGCGGUUCCCCUGACGGCAUGCCUCUCCUGGCAGAGCAAGUGUCCAAGAUCAUUGGAGAUAAAGACGUAUCUUCCGAGCCAAUGAAGAUUGUCCAGUGGACACGGGACGAAUAUGUGCCUGUCCGUGUUCGUCCCAUCACGUCACGGCAAGACUUAUUUAUGCCCGACAAAACAUACUGGCUUGUGGGACUUGCCGGUGAUCUUGGUCUGUCCAUCGCCAACUUCAUGAUCCAGAUGGGAGCUAGAAAUAUAGCUCUCUCGAGUCGAAACCCCCAAGUUGAUGAGCCCUGGGUGUCAGAACAGAAGUCCAAAUACGGAGCUACAAUCAAGUACUUCAAGGGAGACAUCUCUGAGAGAGAAGACGUCCGGCGUGUGCACAGGGAGAUUACCUCAGCACUACCACCCAUCGCAGGCGUGGCCAAUGGCGCAUUGGUGUUACGCGACAAGGGGUUUGUUAACAUGGAUCUGGCUACCUUCCAUCAGAACACUCGCUGCAAGGUGGAGGGCACCGAGCACCUGGACGAAAUCUUCGAUGCAGAGUCAAAUCUGGAUUGGUUCAUUGCCUUUUCAUCCAUCAGCUCCACCGUAGGCAACAUGGGACAGAUGGCUUAUGCGUCCGCCAAUAGUUUCAUGAAGGCAUUGGUAGCACAGCGCCGUGAUAGAGGACUCCCGGGCUCGGUCAUUGACAUCAGUCAAGUCUUUGGAGUUGGAUACGUCGAGCGCGAGAUGAAGCUGGGAACUACCAUGACCCGUGAGGCGGCACUCCGUCUAAUGCAUCGUUCAGGCACGAUCAUCAUGUCCGAGACGGAUCUGCAUCAUCUAUUCGCCGAGGCUAUCGUGGCUGGCAGGCCUGGCUCUGGUGGUGACCCGGAGGUCAUUACCGGGAUCAAGACAGUGACACCCGAUGAGGCCAGAGAUGCGCUCUGGGGCGCCAACGUUCGCUUCGGGCACUUCAUCCGUGCAGCGGGUACCGCAUCACUGCCUAGCGCCGCCAAGGUGGCUGCUGUACCCGUGAGAGUUCAACUAGAGGGCGCGAAGUCAGACGAGCAGGCGAUGCAGAUCCUAAAAAAGGCGCUCAUUGAGAAACUGAAGACGAGCAUGAUGGCCCAGGAUGAGUCAAUCAGUGACAAAACCCCACUCAUCGACAUGGGUGUGGAUUCCCUCGUAGCUGUCGAGAUCCGUACCUGGUUCGCUCAGGAGGUCGGAGUCGACGUCGCUGUGCUGCGAAUUCUUGGGGGGCCAUCGGUAGAAGAACUUGUGGAAGAUGCAAUCAAGAAGCUAAAAGACGCUGGAGAUACUACUGGCAGCAGCCCUUCAGUCAAGAGUGACGAGGCCGACACAAGGGAAAGGACAAGUCGCGAUAGCAACAGCGUCGAUGAGAGUGGCGGCGUCAGCACCUCUGCUACAAGCGAGGAUGACGAAAAGCAGGUUUAG